GGCUUCCCUACCGAUCAUAUACUUGGCUAGAUGCAACGCUAACAGUUGAACCACAGAACGUACACUGGUCCCCGCACAACGGAUACUAUCGACAUGCUUCCCCCCGAGGAUCCCGAGGCUAUCCUUAGCGAUUGUUACGAUAUCCCUUGAGCGAAGAUCGAUUUAUCCCACGCCGCAAUCAAUCCCCCAUGCGUACCGGUAACGGCGACUGUAAGCCAUAUUAUGCAUUGCAUUAGCGCCCUCACGGCACGGGCAAUCCGCAUCCAAUUCUUGCCAGCCUUGAGGGCUCGUUCCCGCAUCCGCCUCGAUUUCCGGCGUUUUACGAAUCACAUUGUUCCAUGGAGUUGGCAUGGGCAGCACCCCAAUCUUAUCCAUCUAAGCGGCGCAAUCAGGAGUUUCAGCGACAGCCACCAAGGAGGCCUUGCAUUCGUAUUUAUUUUUCUUUUCCAGCACAUGGGAGUAUAUAGAAGGGGAUAUAAUAUCGGCGGCAAGCGCGUUCUCCUGUUUGUUCAUCAUCAUCAUUAUCAUCAUCCGACAUCAGAAAGGGGACUUGGAAGCAGGGUGCGUGAGGGGGUGCGUUGGCAAUCUGCAACUUGGAAACACAAUGAUACCUAUAUAGACUUAGAGAUACCCAACCCCACAGCAGCGAGAGCGAAAGCAAAGAGCUUGUACCUAGGUAGAGAUUAGGAUUGGUGUUACGUUACGGUUUCGGUUAUUGAUGGCUUUGGACCACUGCGUACGGGCGGACAUGUUGCUGCAUGUCAUUCGGGCCUUUCCGUUCAUGCCACGCGACGUGCAUAUAUAUGCCAGACUAUCCAGUGAGACGACGUGUCAGAUGCCGGUCUACGCGCUGUUAAUUCCCAUAGGGUCCCGAGA